AUGUUAGUUCAAAGUCUUCUUUUAUUCCUUAUUUCAUAUCCGCAAAUAGCGGAAAUGGAAUUUACUGCUAAUGUUGAUUAUAAUAAAAUUUAUCAACGUUCAUUAAAUAUUCAUAAUACACGUGUAAUAAGUAUUGAACCACGAAAUAAACUUUGGUUUUCUAUUGAGAAUGGAACUAUAUAUGCUUUACCAUUACAUGGAGAUUAUUCAGGUCCAUUUAUAAUUGAAUUUCAACAAUUAACUAAUCAUACAAAUUCAGAAUUAAAUAAUUUAAUUGAAUUAAAAUUAAAUUUUAAUUUUACUCCACCAUCAUCCUUAUUCUAUCCAUCCGAUCAUCUUCUUCUUGGUGUAUUUGAUAUUUCAUCAAUAAAUUAUAAUAAUUCAUUAUUAAAUCGUUAUUAUAUUGUUCGAACAUUAUCUUUAGCACUUAAUUUAAGUGAAUCAUUAAUAACAAUACAUAAAAUAAAUGGUUCUAUGAUAAAAGUUUAUUUUUCAUGUGAUUUAUAUUUUUCAACAAAUUUAACAUAUCAUUUAAAAACAUUACUUGAUCGUUAUUAUUCACGACGUUUACAAUUAUUACCGUUUUUUUCUUUACCAUUAAUUGAAAUUUCAAUUGUUCGAAUAAAUCCACAACAAUCAACGACCUCAACCACAAUAGCAACAACAAUAACAACAACAACAACGAUAUUAAGAUUAAUCACUCCGAUGAUUAAUUUGAAAAAAGGUGAAAUAACAGUUCGACCAAGGUUAUUACACGAUAAUUCAGUAAAAUUAAAUCGAACAGUAACAUCAUUUAAUAAUCUUAUAUAUUUAAAACAAUUUUAUCAACCACUUGUUAUUGUACCAUUAGCAGUAAUUGCAAUUGGAUUAUUCAUUUGUGCUAUUGUUGCAUGUUGUCUCUGCUGUAAUCGUCGUCCAUCAUCAUCAUCAACAUUACUCUUACCAAAUGGAAUAUCGAGUAGUCCAACAAAUAAACUUCUCUAUCAAAAUUAUUCAUAUAAUAGAAAACAUAAAGAACAAAAUGAUUUAUAUAAAAAGGCCAGUCGACAACAUGAUCAAAGACAAUUUAUUUCCAAAGGUUGCAUUCCUGUUGUAUUUGCCGAAGAACUUGAUGAAAAAAUUGAACAAACACAUACACCAUUGGUUAUGCGUAUUGAAAAAGCACCAUUAAAUAAUGGGCAAGAACAAAAUGAAUCAGAGAAAGAAUCGUUUUGA